UUUUGGAGUACAUCGAAACCGCACAUACGACCCGCGCGACCUCCAUAACUCAGCCAACCAGCACACCUACGGCGGCUGUAAAUCCUCGUCAAAGAGUACGUUUGUUGUACUGAAUUUACCUGUUUUCAACCGCGACCGCGCACGCCGGCCAGGACGUCGCAACCUAAUUCUACAGUCACCACCUCCGGCAAUACGCGCAGUACUCGGAGUCGAAUAAGUACUUACACUUAGUGUCCCAACAAACCGGUCCGAAGAAGAUGACGAGCACGAUCGGCGUCCCGAUCAAGCUCUUAAACGAGGCAGCCGGACACAUUGUCACGCUCGAAAUUACGUCCGGAGAAGUGUACCGCGGAAAGCUUCUGGAAGCCGAGGACAACAUGAACGUCCAGCUCAAGGACAUUACGGUCACCGCUCGCGACGGUCGCGUAUCGCACCUUGAACAAGUCUAUAUUCGUGGCUCGCACGUUCGCUAUUUCAUUGUUCCAGACAUGCUGAGGAAUGCGCCCAUGUUCCGGUCUCGAGGUACUAGGGGUAGGGGAGUGGGUCUCGCGCGCGGCCGUGCUACAGUCAAUAGGGCAAGGGGGACCAGGAGCGGACGCUGAGCGUGGAGAUUGCUCGAUGAAUAUACGACAAAGACUAUCCGGGCUACGGACUAUGUAUGAGCCAUUACUGUCUGCGGCAGACAGUCGGCACGCGAUCGGUAUCGCAACGGGGAAUUUGGACGGAGACUUAAACGGCGGGUAAAAUUAGGAUGCUUAAGGUAGGACAACCUUGAAGAGCAGGCCUUUGAGGAUGCUGUCACAUAUUCGAAGUUCUUCCCUGAUAUCCUCUCGCAAAAGUUACAAGUCUCUCAUGGCCUUUUCUUGAAGUGAAGAGAUUAUAGUCCAAAAAUUUGAGUUUGAAAAUCCC